AUGAGCCGCAUCUACCACGAUAGCGCCCUCCGCAACAAGGCGGUGCGGAGCGCGCGGCUGCCGGGGCCCUGGGACCCCGCCGCCCACCAGCGGGGAGAUGGUGUCCUGCUGGAGGGAGAAUUGCUCGAUGUAUCCCGGCACAGCAUCUCGGAUGCCCACGGCAGGAAGGAGCGCUACUACGUGCUGUAUAUCCGGCCGAGUCGCAUCCAUCGCCGUAAGUUCGACCCCAAGGGAAACGAAAUUGAGCCCAACUUCAGCGCCACCAGGAAGGUGAACACGGGCUUCCUCAUGUCCUCUUACAAGGUGGAAGCCAAGGGUGACUCGGACAGACUGACGCUCGAGGCGCUGAAGGGGCUGGUGAAUAAGCCGGAGCUGCUUGCGCUGACAGACAGCCUCACCCCCGCUGAGACAGUAGCCUUCUGGAUGCCCGAGUCAGAGGUGGAGGCCAUGGAGCUCGAACUCGGGGCUGGGGUACGGCUGAAAACUCGAGGCGACAGCCCCUUCCUGGAUUCAUUAGCCAAACUCGAGGCUGGAACAGUGACCAAGUGUAAUUUCGCUGGAGAUGGGAAGACGGGAGCAUCCUGGACGGACAACAUCAUGGCCCAAAAGUCUUCAGGGGGGGCUGCAACUGAGACCCGAGAGCAGGGGGAUGGCGCAGAGGAUGAGGAGUGGGAUGACUGA